AAGGAAACGUUAUCGCGGGAAAAUUUCAAAUUGCGCGUAAUUUUGAGAGGGAACCCUUGUCAUCACACUAUUGCAUUUCACACAUAAAGACAAUUUUACAUUACAACCCUAAUCUCCAUUUCUCAGUGCUAUAAAUAUUGAACCCACUUUGCCCGACUUUGGUGCGCCAAAACUGUUCGAAGAAAUUCCCAACUCAGAAAAAUACACUCCGAGUCCGAGAAAAAUGUAUGUGGUGAAGAGGGAUGGCCGUCAAGAAGCCGUUCACUUCGAUAAGAUAACUGCGCGCCUCAAGAAGCUCAGUUAUGGGCUCAGCACUGAUCACUGCGACCCUGUUCUCGUCGCUCAGAAGGUCUGCGCCGGCGUCUACAAGGGUGUAACCACCAGCCAACUCGAUGAACUCGCCGCCGAGACUGCGGCUGCCAUGACCGCAAACCACCCUGACUAUGCUUCUUUGGCUGCUAGGAUUGCUGUUUCUAAUCUGCAUAAGAACACGAAGAAGUCGUUCUCUGAGACGGUGAAGAUCAUGUACAAUCAUGUUAAUGAUAGGUCUGGUCUGAAGGCUCCACUCAUUGCUGAUGAUGUUUAUGAAAUUAUCAUGAAGAGUGCUGUUCGUUUGGACAGUGAGAUAAUCUAUGAUAGGGACUUCGACUAUGAUUACUUUGGUUUUAAAACCCUGGAGAGGUCCUACCUCUUGAAGGUUCAAGGAAAGGUUGUGGAAAGGCCCCAGCACAUGUUGAUGAGGGUUGCUGUUGGAAUUCACAAGGAUGACAUAGAAUCUGCUGUCAGAACUUACCACAUGAUGUCUCAAAGAUGGUUCACUCAUGCUUCCCCAACACUUUUCAAUGCUGGAACUCCAAGGCCUCAAUUGAGUAGUUGCUUCCUCAUAUGUAUGAAAGAUGAUAGUAUAGAGGGAAUAUAUGAUACUUUGAAGGAGUGUGCUGUCAUCAGCAAAUCAGCAGGGGGAAUUGGUGUUUCUGUUCACAACAUUCGUGCCACUGGCAGCUACAUCCGUGGAACGAAUGGGACAUCCAAUGGUAUUCUUCCUAUGCUACGGGUGUUCAAUGAUACUGCUCGCUAUGUUGAUCAAGGGGGAGGCAAGAGGAAAGGUGCCUUUGCUGUGUACUUGGAGCCAUGGCAUUCUGAUAUAUUUGAAUUCUUGGACUUAAGGAAAAAUCAUGGGAAGGAAGAGCAUCGCGCGAGAGAUCUAUUUUAUGCACUUUGGGUGCCUGAUCUCUUUAUGGAAAGAGUUCAGUCUAAUGGAGAAUGGUCUUUGUUUUGUCCCAAUGAGGCACCAGGUUUGGCAGAUUGUUGGGGUGAAGAAUUUGAGAGGUUGUACAAUAAGUAUGAAAGAGAUGGGAAAGCAAAGAAGGUUGUUCAGGCACAGAAUCUUUGGUUUGAAAUUCUUAAGUCCCAGAUUGAAACUGGGACCCCUUACAUGCUUUUUAAGGACACCUGUAAUAGGAAAAGUAACCAGCAAAAUCUGGGUACAAUCAAGUCAUCAAACUUGUGCACUGAGAUAAUUGAGUAUACAAGUCCAACAGAAACGGCUGUGUGUAACCUGGCGUCGAUUGCACUACCACGAUAUGUCAGAGAGAAGGGAGUUCCCAUGGAGUCUCAACCUUCUAAGCUUGUUGGCAGUAGAGGCUCAAGAAACAGAUAUUUUGACUUUGAUAAACUUGGAGAGGUAACUGCAUUGGUGACAACAAACCUUAACAAAAUAAUUGAUGUCAAUUACUACCCAGUUGAUACUGCAAAGAGGUCAAACUUACGGCACAGACCCAUUGGUAUUGGUGUUCAAGGUCUUGCUGAUACAUUCAUACUGUUGGGCAUGGCAUUUGAUUCACCUGAGGCUCAACAGUUAAACAAGGAGAUAUUUGAGACUAUAUACUACCAUGCUCUAAAGACUUCUUCUGAAUUGGCUUCUAAAGAAGGUCCUUAUGAAACAUAUAGUGGCUGUCCUGUAAGCAAGGGAAUUCUUCAGCCAGACAUGUGGGGUGCAAAGCCCUCAAACCGCUGGGAUUGGGAUGCACUCCGGCAGAUGAUAUCAGACCGGGGUGUGAGAAAUUCACUUCUUGUUGCCCCUAUGCCAACUGCUUCUACUAGCCAGAUUCUUGGCAAUAAUGAGUGUUUUGAGCCGUAUACUUCUAAUAUUUACAGUCGCAGGGUUUUAAGUGGUGAAUUUGUUGUUGUGAACAAGCAUCUUCUUCAUGACUUGACUGAAAUGGGAAUGUGGUCUCCUACAAUCAAGAAUAAGAUUAUCUACGAGGAUGGCUCAGUUCAGAAAAUCCCAGAAAUUCCCGAGGACUUGAAAGACAUAUACAAGUAUGUUAUUUCUGAUUUUUCAAACUAACAGUAUCAACUUUUUUUUUUUUUUUUUAAUUUUCAAAAUCUCAUCUCUCAGAAAAUGCAUCUCUUUCAAUGUGGAAUUUUUGACCCGAAGUUUUUGCUGAUUGAUGUUGCUUUCUGGUUUUGGGCUUAUGGUCUGAAAACUGGGAUGUAUUAUCUUCGAUCACGAGCUGCAGCUGAUGCUAUCAAGUUCACUGUCGACACCACUGCCCUCAAAGAAAAACCUAAGGUGGAGGAUGAUGAGACCAAGAUGGCACAGAUGGUUUGCUCUUUAACAAACCGAGAAGAGUGCUUGGCUUGUGGAAGCUGAGAAGUAACGCCAAAUUGGUGAGGUUUCAAGCGAUGUUCUAUUUGUACACGUUAAACCAUUUGGGAUUCAAAGUCUCCCUGUGAUAGUUUUAAGCUUUCUAAAUGAUACUAUUUAGAGCUUUUUGUAUAGUUUUAUUUUUGUUGCGUGUAAACUUCAUAUGUAGUUUUUCUUGUAAAAUAUAUGUUGGUUUAUUUGAAGUCCAGAGAAACACUCAUUUAGUCAUUUCUGAGCUUUUAACCCGUGGACGAUGGAGCUCCAAAUUGCAUCACCUUAUAUACAUCACAAAGGGUUAAAGAUGUUAAGAAAUAGUCUUAGAAUUUAUCUCAACAACAGCAAAGGUGGUACUUUGCUGGGUUGUUACUUUCAAUGAGGAACUGGGUCAUGUAAUCUUAUCUGCAGUUUUAAGAUCAUAUAAAUUGAAAUUGUUGACGGA